AUGGUCAGGCUAACGCAAGGGGAGGAGGAUUCCGACUCGCAGUCUGCAGCACCUAUGCACAUCCAGGGGUUCCCAGGCCUGGGCUUGGGCCAGAUCAAACUCUCAGAGCCCAGGCCCCCUGCAUGUAUCCGCUCCAUGGGGCGCUGGGGAGUCCGCUACGCAAGUUCGCUUCGUGAGGCAUCGAGCAGGUUCGACUCAUCGUUGGCCGCGAGCUUUCCAAUUUUCGCCAUUGGAAGUGAUGCAGUGCGCUCGAGCUGCCACUCUCUAACGAGACUUCCUCUUGAUGGACCCAUAUGGCUCAACAACCUCGCCUCACCAUGUCGAUCGGCCUCGGUCAACUCGGGCAACUUUGGUGGCCAGAGUGCGAAGCUCACCUACUCAUCCCAGGAGCCCGGAGGAGAAUGGAAUAUGCUCCACAUCAUGAUCACCACCAACAAGCCCAUACAUCCGGGACCCUCGGCUUUCCUAACUACACCGGUUCCUGGCUCCUGGGUCCGAUUUUGCCUCGCCAUGGAGUUUGGACUGCUUAAAUGCAUGCUAAACAUGCAGCAAGGCACGGCGAUGGGCAUCCCGGCUUCCGGCCAUGAUUGCAGAUGUUACAGCACCGACUUGGGGUUUCUGGGCUCGUUCGUCAUGGGCGAGGAUAUCCUGCCAGCAGCUCCCGCUAUUCUGCCCCCAGGUGUGGCUGCGGCCGCCACACGACCGCCGGUCUCGGGCACACACGUAAGCUGGGCUCUGCGUACUUCAAUUGGCAGCAGCGGCAGCGGCAGCGACGGCGAGGUCGACGAAGUGGUGGUUGUAGCGGGAGCUGCUGGCAGGAUAUCCUCGCCCUUCGUCAUUUGUAUGUCAUCUGCAAAAUUGUACCAUACUGAGCCUCGCAACUUCGACCUAGUAUGCGUAGACACCUCGCAAAUGCGUUGCCGGCGUGAUAUCAACGUUUGGCUGACAUGGCGGAGGUUAACCAUAGGCUUGUACACUGCAGAAACCGCUGCACCUCUGGCGCUCGGGCGGGCUUUCGACGUGCUUCCCCGGAGCGGCUGGACCCUGAGUAGCGGACGUGGCGGACAAACUGAUCCUUCGAUCUCCACCCCGACCAGCCCGCCCAUCCAAUCUUUCACAAUCAUCACGACGCCGGCGCUGGCCAGACUUUUUCAAGAUGUCAGAUUCAAUGUUACUCGGCGCGGGCGCCUCUCUUGUGCACUCGUCAUCACCAACAUAUUGCAAGCUGCACUCCAUGCAACAAUGAGGGUCAUGUUCAUGUCAGUUCGAGAAUGUGCUAUGACGUUUUGUCGCAACAUUCAACAAGAUCGUAUCCUGACCCCUCGAAGCAAGAUCCUGGAAACAACUCCCCAAAAGUCGCUUGCUCGUUCUUCCGCCGUAUACGUCUCUCGCAUCCUUCUGAUAUAG